AUGUCGGAACUUAAGAUCGCACGAAUAGAUGUUUUUCAAGCCGAUCUCCCCUACUCGGGCGGCGUCUAUCAUCUAUCUGGUGGGCGAACCUAUAAGAAUUUUGACGGCACUAUUGUUCGGAUCACUACUCAGAGCGGUAUUGAAGGUUUCGGCGAAAGUACCCCUUUCGGUGCUACAUUCAUUGCUUCCCAUGCUCUUGGUGUCAGAGCAGGCAUCGCAGAAAUCGAUCCUCAUCUAAUUGGACUUGACCCCCGCGACGUUGAUCGUAUUAAUGACGCUAUGGAUGCCGCAUUGAUCGGCCAUUUGCACGCCAAGACCGCCAUUGACGUUGCGUGCUGGGAUAUCUUUGGCAAGCUCAAUCUCCCCCUUCUUACUUCGCUCCCUGUUGCCGAUGCGGAAAAUACCCGCAGGCUUGUUGCUGAAGCUCGGACGGCGGGCUAUACCGGAUUUUCAGUCAAGAUAGGAGAGAAUCCUGUAUCUGAUGCUGCACGCGUUGUCGCGGCACUUUCUGAGAAGAAGGAAAACGAGUUUUAUUCCAUCGAUGCGAAUAGCUCGAUGACCGUGGAGUCCACCCUGCGAAUGCUCCGACUACUUCCCGAUGGGCUGGAUUUUAUCCUAGAAGCCCCCUGUGCGACACAUCGAGACACGGUAUCUCUUCGACGUCGAACCAAUGUGCCAAUCCUCACGGAUGAGCUUCUCACAGAUGAGCACUCGGCUAUACGGCUGGUUGCCGACGACGCGGCGGAAGGUCUGAACUUGAAAAUUUCCAAAGUUGGUGGUCUUACCCGAGCUCGCCGUAUCCGCGAUAUCGCUGUGGCUGCCGGAUAUACCAUUGUAACUCAGGAGACAUGCGGCUCGGAUAUUGCCUUCGCUGCUAUUGUUCACCUGGCUCAAACUAUCCCAGAGCGCAACCUACGACCAAUUCUAGAGUGCCGCGCAAUGCAUAUUCCCAAGACCGCGGAUGGCGACUAUGAGGUUCACGGAGGAUAUGUUAGGGCACCAAACGCGCCUGGGUUGGGUAUCACCCCUCGUUUGGAUGUUUUAGGCGAGGCAGUAGCUUCUUACUUGUAG